CGGAGGAGCCGGUUCCAUGCCCGCUGGAGCCUCCUCGUGCCGCCGCCCCCGCUCGCCCCGCCAUGGACGUUCGCUUCUACCCCUCGGCGCCCAGCGCGGUGGCCUCGCUGCCCGGGGCCGAGCCCGGCUGCCUGGGCCCCCUGGACUAUUACCACUGCAACAAGUUUGAUGGGGAGAACAUGUAUAUGGGAAUGAAUGACAAUAAUCAGGAGUUCCUAUCAGCGAAUCAGACGUAUAAUGGUCAGAAUGAGAAUAAUGAAGACUAUGAAAUCCCUCCUAUAACUCCUCCUAACCUCCCGGAGCCCUCGCUUCUUCACUUGGUGGAUCAUGAAACUGGGUAUCAUUCACUGUGUCACGGCCUCCCUCCAAAUAGCCUGAUACCAGCAUAUUCCUAUCAGAACAUGGACCUUCCAGCCAUCAUGGUGUCUAAUAUGUUGAGUCAGGAUGGGCAUCUUCUCUCCAGCCAACUACCUACGUAUAUAGGUUCCCACACUCUGCCUGGCACCAUGGUACCCCACAAUAUGAACUACAGCCUAGAAGAUCAUCCAUGUCCAAAGGGCCUUCAGUUUGAGACUGGGCUGGUUGUAUAUUCUGAGGCUUGUUCAGAGGUGGAUGGCAGAAUGAUCCAGGAGAUGGUCCACUCAGACGCCACUUCCUAUGAUUCCAACCGUCAAGUCCCCCUGAUCAAUCGACCAGGGAUGUUAGCCGGUCACAUGAGUGCCCUCAGCCAGUCACAGCUGAUUUCUCAGAUGGGUAUGAGGAGCGGUGUUACCCAUGGUUCCCCAUCACCCCCAGGAAGUAAAUCUGCUACACCAUCUCCCUCCAGUUCUACUCAGGAAGAGGAGACAGAAUCACAUUAUAAGGUCUCUGGAGAGAAAAGACCAUCAACAGACCUGGGCAAGAAACCCAAAAGCCAAAAGAAGAAGAAAAAGAAGGACCCCAACGAGCCCCAGAAGCCUGUGUCAGCUUAUGCCCUGUUUUUCAGAGACACGCAAGCAGCUAUCAAAGGGCAAAACCCAAAUGCUACAUUCGGAGAUGUUUCAAAAAUUGUUGCAUCAAUGUGGGACAGUUUGGGAGAAGAACAAAAGCAGGCAUAUAAGAGGAAAACAGAAGCCGCGAAGAAGGAGUAUCUAAAGGCUCUGGCAGCCUACAGGGCCAGCUUGGUUUCCAAGAGCUCUGCUGAUCAGGGUGAGACGAAAAGCGCCCAACCCAACCAACCUUCCAAAAUGAUACCACCAAAACAGCCCAUGUAUACGAUGCCACCACAGGCCUCUUCGCCUUAUCCUGGCUUAGGUUCAUUCCUGUCCCCAUCAGAUCUGCAGAGUUACCGGGGACACCCUCACCCCAGCCUCUCCCGAACCCUCAGUUCCAAACCCAUGUUGCCCAGCAUCAGUGCCUCGCCACCUCCUUCUUUCCAAAUCAGCCCUCCUCUCCAUCAGCAGCUGUCUUUGCAUCACCCACAGAGCUCCCUCCUCAACCAGUCACUCAGCAUGCAGCAGGUCCCACAGCAAUCCAUCUUGUCUCCUUCCAUGGCACUACAGGUACAGCCCCCAAUGAACGCUUCACCUCCAGGGCAGCAGGACUUUUCACAUAUUUCAUCUGAGUUUCAAAACAGUGUUGGACCCCGGUCACCUGGUGCAUCAAACCCCCCAGGAAAUACCGAUUGGGACAAUGAUUACUCCAGCAGAGAGUGUGGAAUUAACCACUGCAGCAUGCUGCCAAGGGACAAGUCACUCUACCUCACCUAAACCCGCCAUCUCUUUCCAAUAAGGCUCAAAGGAAGGACACUUGAGAGGGUCUAUAAUACAGACCACCCAGAGGGGCGUCACGCAAGUCAUACAGACAAGAGAGCUGAGCUAACACGUCUCGUUGCUGGCUUCAUUUCCAGGCUCUAAGAGCAGUUUUCUUUUAUUAUUUUGAACUCUAAAGUCUACUUUUCGUGGAAGCCCAAACCUCAUAAAUCAUGAAGAACAAAAAAAAAACAACCAAACAAAAAAAAUAAGAACACGGUUUGUCUGCUUGCCAUCAGCUUAGCUAUGGACUGUUUUCCUAGUGAACUGCUUUUAGACGCGGCGUAGGCACAGGUCUGGUGUCCUACCGCAUUAGGCCGGCUCUGUAGGAGGAUGCACUCUUUGACUUGCUAACAGCACUAAACUUUGUGCAGGAAAAUGUGAAGUUUGUGUGAAUAUUGUACAUGCAAAGGCCUUGGAUGUCUGGCAAGAAAAAAAAAAAA